AUGACAAAGCAGAGCAUGGAGUCCCAGUCGGCUACAAUCAAGCGUCUCGAGACAACCGUUGGGCAGCUCUCCGGGACAUUGAAUCAGAUGCAGCAGCAGCAACAACCAGGGAAGCUACAUGGACAAGGAUUGCAGCCCCACCAAGCCCAAGCAGUUACUGUUUUACGCAAUGGGAAGGUGGUGAACAACAAAGUGGAAGCCCCUGUAGAAGAACCUCCCAAAGAAGCCCGCAUGGAAGAGCAAGUAAAGGAGCCGCUGCAGCCAAGAGAGGAGGAGAAGGAGAAAGAGAAAGAGCCCGAAGUGAAGCUCCACAAGGCCGCCAAGCCAUACAAGCCACCGGUUCCUUACCCAAGCCGGUUGAAGAAUGAAAAGCUGGACCAACAGUUCACCGAUUUCUACAACAUGUUGGCAAAGGUGAACGUGAACCUGCCACUUCUGGACGUGAUCAGAAAUGUCCCGGCUUACGUGAAGUUCUUCAAGGAGCUGGCGUCCAAGAAGAGGAAGUUUGUUGACAAUAAGAAGAUCCUUGUGUCCGAGGUUGCCAAUUCCAUCAUGCAGCAGCCCUUGCCACCCAAGCAACGAGAUCCAGGUAGUUUUGUUAUCAAUAUUGCUUUGGGGAACGGUAAGGAGGCCUCGGGCAUGCUUGAUUUGGGGGCAGGGAUUAAUUUGAUGCCGUACUCUAUUUUUAAGCAAUUAGAGUUAGGCGAUUUAAAACCCACUAGAAUGUGCUUACAAUUGGCAGAUAGAUCAGUUAGGUAUCCUCGCGGGGUUAUUGAGGAUAUCCUAGUUAAAGUGGGUGGUUUGAUUGUGCCUGUCGAUUUUGUCGUGCUUGAGAUAGGAGAAGUCCAUGAGAAUGGCAAGGAACACACUUUACUGCUAGGGAGACCAUUCAUGGCCACCACUAACACGUUGAUUGAUGUGAAAAAUGGAACAAUAAAAAUGACCGUGUUAGGAGAGUCCGUGUCGUUUUCUGUGCAUCAUAGUCGCGCUUUGCCAUCAUCUUCUUUCACUAAUGAAUGCUCUUAUAUAGAUGCUAUUGAUGGCCUCGCCGAGAUGGUUUUUGCGCAGGAACAGGAGAUAGUGGAGGUCUUUGCAGGGUCGGCGGACAUGGAGGAGUUUGCUCGGGAAGCCGAGGAAAGAGAGAGAGAACGAAGAGACAAACUCCCCAUUGAUGAGCCUGUGGUGCUUGAAGAUGCCACGAAGUGCAAAAAGCCCAAGUUGGAACUCAAGGAUCUCCCUAAACACCUCAAAUAUGUGUACUUGGAAGAAGGAGAGGAGAAGCCCGUGAUAAUAUCCGCCGAGCUCACGCAUGAGCAAGAACUGGCAUUGAUGGGAGUGCUAAGGAGCAACAAGUUGGCAUUUGGUUGGGGCCUUGCCGACAUUAGUGGUAUUAGCCCCGCCACAUGCAUGCAUCGGAUUCACCUCGAGGAUGGAGCAACACCGAAGAGGGAUGGUCAACGAAGACUCAACCCCGUCCUAAUGGAGGUAGUACGCAAGGAGAUACUCAAGCUAUUAGCGGAAGGGAUCAUUUACCCUAUCGCCGAUAGUGAAUGGGUAAGCCCGGUGCAUGUGGUGCCCAAGAAGGGAGGAAUCACGGUUGUCCUGAAUGACAACAAGGAGCUGGUGCCGACCCGCCCGGUCACGGGAUGGCGUAUGUGUAUUGACUACAGGAAGCUAAACGCCGUCACAAAGAAGGAUCAUUUUCCGCUUCCUUUCAUUGAUCAAAUGUUGGAUCGUUUAGCUGGCCAUGAUUUUUACUGUUUCCUUGAUGGUUUGUCAGGUUAUUACCAAAUAGCAAUCGCGCCGGAGGACCAGGACAAGACGGCGUUCACAACCCCAUUUGCGAUUGCUUGGGCAAAAUUAACUUGGUGUUAA